AUGUCAGAGGUGGAGAAUAAUUGUAGAGUGUGUCGAGGUGAAAGCACACCUUCCCAACCUUUACUACAUCCGUGCAAGUGCCGUGGAUCUAUCAAGUAUAUCCACCAGGAUUGUUUGCUAGAAUGGUUGAAACAUUCUAAUAAAUCUACUAAGAAAUGUGAUAUUUGUAACACUCCGUAUAAAUUCCGGACUAUUUAUGACCCACAAAUGCCAGAACGGAUUCCAAUUAAAUAUAUUUGGGGAAAAUUUAUUGAAGUUGUUUCGUCAACUACCAUCAAGAGCUUGUCAAUUUUCCUCUACAUCACUUGUCUUAUAAUCCAAGUUCCGUUAUUUUGGAAGUUUAUGGGCCGUAUUGCGACUUGGGCAAUUGAUGGGACCUUACCAACAGCCAAUCCAACUUUUAUAGAGGCUUUACUAUUUGGUGAGUUAGACUUUCUGAAUUAUGAUAUACCAACGAGUACAGCAAAGAUGUUUUUGUUUAAAAUAAGAAAAUUUAUCGACUACACUUACUUUAGUGGAAUUCGUUAUAUACUAAUGUAUGUAAUUAUUCAUUUGGCUUUAUUUGUUGAGCAUGAAUGGGUUGUGAGAGAUGAGGGUUAUACCAAACUUUUGCUUCGAAAAAUUGGUAAGGAGCCCAGAGCUAAAUUGGUUGAUAUGUUGCAACAGGCUUUAUCAGGGUUAAGAAAUGAUGGCGAGGAAGGUAAUGCUGAUGCAAAUGCGAAUGUUCAGAGAUUGGAAACGAUCGCAAGAGCAAUAAAUGAUUUACAAGAGCAACCUAAUAAUGGCCAACAUGAAGAAUUAUUAAGAAGAGCAAUCGAACAAGAUGAUAGACAAAACAACGAAGACGAAAAUGUUGAAAAUGUGAAUCUCAACAUAUUUAAUCAUGAGAAUGAAAAUCAGAAUGAAGAUGAAAAUCAGAAUGAGAAUGAGGAUGAAGCCAGACAUAAUGUAAGAGAUACAACCGAUGAUGACAUGGAACUGAAUGACGAAAGAAGAACUAUUUAUUUGCGUCCAGAGGCCGAACAACAGCAUCAGCAAAAUCAAGUAGAUGGACUUUUCCAUGAAGAGCACCGUGAAGAACAAAGAGGGGUAAGGAAUGAUAACGUAGCUGACCUUUUUGACCAAGCUAAUCAAAGAAUCGAUCAAAAUGACUUGUUUGAGCAAAAUCCAUUUGACGAUGUUAAUGAUAUGAAUAUGGAUGAUGCCGAAGACGAUUUGAAUGGCGCAGGGGGAGAUAUUUUGCAACUUUUAGGUAUGAGCUUGAAUUUGAGUAGUCCAAUUUUUCUUAUGAUUAUGUGUGAUGUUAUUAUUUGCAUAUACCUAUUUGUGACAUACUUAUUUCCACAUAUGUUAGGUAGUUUAUUUGUAACAACUACAGGAAUUACAUUAGGAUUAUUGAAUUCCUUUGUGUUUAAACGGGUUUAUCCAUCGUCUUUGAUACAGAGAUUUAAUUCCAUUAUAUUUACAGAGAAUGAUAAAAUUGCAAAAACGGGCAAUGACUUUCUUGAUUUUACUUUGUUCACAGUCUUUGAAGUUAUAGUCAAGCCAGUAUCGUCUACAUUUCAUCGGUUAAUAAUUGAUCAUGAUUUAUCACAACCUACAUUAAUAGAAAGAAUUAUUUUGUUGACAAUUGGUUACAGCAUUAUUGCUUUCGUUGUUUAUAAAUUUAUGAACAGUUUAAUUUCAGGAACUAAACCAAUAAUGGGUACGCCAAGGAAGCUUUAUAAAAUUUUAUUUGAAGUAGCGUCGACUACAAAAGUCUUCAUUAUAUUUGCUAUUGAAAUUUUCUUUUUUCCAGUAUAUUGUGGUUGGCUAUUAGAUUUUUGUAUUGCCCCAAUCUUAUUGUCUCAUUUUUCCAGAAUUAGUGAUGAUGGAUCCGUCACUUUUACUAUUUUAUUAUCGUCUGAAUUGGAAAUUCUCCAAAUUCAUUACAUCCGUGUUGUUUUGUAUUGGUUACUGGGAACGCUUUAUAUGCUUUUCUUUGCAUUAUUUAUUGGAAUGAUUAGGGGCCAAGUCUUGCGUCCGGGUGUUUUGUUCUUUAUAAGAUCACCAGAUGACCCGAAUGCUAGAUUAAUUCACGACGCAUUAAUGAAACCAUUAAUGUUGCAAUUGUCACGCAUAUAUUUAAGUGCUAAGGUUUAUACUGGAUUUAUCUUAAUAGGCAUAGGGGGUGUUACAUGGGGCUUAAGAUAUUUGGUAACUCCACCAAAGGAGGUUUCUCACAACGUUAUGUUACCAUUGCAGAUACCUUCUGUUAUGUCAGUUGCAAUUACUUGUAUUGUUGUGGGUGAUAUCAUUCUAAAUAAGUCUUUGAUUACGACUUAUUGCCAGUCAUAUUGGACAAGAAUCUUUGAAAUAUCGGCUCACAAAUUGCGUUUAUCACAUUUUAUAUUGGGAAGACCAAUAGCCCAAGAACGUGGGUAUAUUGUUUACAGGAAUACUUUUCAUAAAUUAUUAGGCUUUUCACAACCAGACUACUCAAACCCAGUCACAUAUAGAGAUGCUUUACGUAUAUUUAAGACUGAUAGCCUGGUGAAUGCCUGUUUUGUUCCCGAUGGUAAUUAUGUAAGAGCACCAGAUAAUGAUACUGUUACAAGGAAGUUCAUUAAAAAAUUAUUUGUAUCUGUCACUAAGGACGACAAACUAUUAUCGGCCAAUGAAUCCGAAGAUUCCAAUAAAAAUGGAUACGAGUCUGAUUCAGAUGACGAUGAGAUCAACACCGACGAUGCCUACACAAUUGUGUAUAGACCUCCAAAUUUUAAGAUGAGAUGUCUUGGUUUAAUUUGCAUGUUAUGGGUAUUCUCUGUCGUAUUGAUAUUGGGGAUUGUUUUUGUAGGCUUGAUAAUCGGAAGGCCAAUCAUCAAAGCAUUUACCAUGUUGUUAGAUCUUACAAUUACAUCUGAACAAUCUUUAGAUAUCUACAAUACAAUUUUCACUCUAACUGAAUUUGAUUGGAAAUUGGCCGAUAUAUCGUCUAUUUUUAUUGGGAUCAAAUUCGAGCUAGCAAUAUUGAAAUUCAUUGAUGUCAGAAUUAAACUGCCAGCUGAAACUGGAGUUAACAAUGAAGUAAAUGUUCAAGGAAACGGCGAAGAAAGAAAUAACGAACAAGGAGUAAUGGCAUUUGGUAGAAAUUUUGUUCCUAGGUUUGGACAAGUAAUAGUUGCGUCAUUCCUAGUUUAUUCAUUGUCGUCAGUUUUAUGGAUUUUAUGGGUUUUAUCAGUUCACAAAUUUUGCAUUGAUUUACCAUUAAGAAUGUAUACUGACAACAUAUAUUAUAGUGAUGAUAAUCCAGGACAUGUGUUGAUGGAAUUUUUAUUCACUAAAACUGCAAUGAUGAUUCAUUUUAUUGUUGGAUUUUGGACGAUUGUUCCAUUCUGCUUAUAUUUCACAGUAGAUUUGAGGAAUGGCAUGUUGAAUGGGUUGGGUAUCCGAGACUCUAUUUGGAAGUCCGGCUUAAGCACAAUUUUAGUUAACUUCGGAAUUGUCCAUGUGCCAGCCAUAUUAUACACCCUAUUUAAACAUCGUCAAGAAUCGUUUGAGUCAAUAAUACUUGAAGAUAACGAUGCAUACAUCUGGUGCGUUACUUUGAUAUGCUUCAUAUCUAUUAAAUUAAUUACGGGGGGCAGUAGAUUACUUAUCAAGAUCAACGAACAAGUGAAAAACGAAAGAUACGUCAAGGGAAGAGCUAUAGAAAAUAUUGAUAUACCAGACGAAGAGUGA